CCUACUCCAAACAUUGAAACAGCUCACCAGUUUUCACUCUGGUUCUGGUAUUAUUCACUACAAUUUCGUCAUACUUCAAGAAAAAAUAUCGCUACGAAAAACUGGUCAAAACAAUGAGUGCCACACUUAGCCCUCGCAUCCGCCUAUGGGGUAUUAGUCCUGCUCAGUUCCCCAGCGAAACAUCGACACCUGAGGAGCUCAAAGAGUUCCUUGCACCUCUUCUUACCGAUGCGUUGUCAUUCAUUAGCGAUGUCCCCGCGGACCCUGAAACUUUGGGUUCCACGAAUUGGAAGCCGAAAGGCUUGAAAUCGUUUGAACACAGCGUUGCGCCUGUCUAUUUGUUCCAGCGGGACGUUGCGGUGAGUGACCUACGGCAGCUCGCAGAGAGCAACAGCUCUGUCAAUGCUGGAAAGAAUCAAAUAGCACCGGAAACAUGGUUCCUGAGAAGGAGUCUUCAUAAGGACGCGGCCACCAAAGGCACAGCCACAUGGGAAGAGUUUGUCCGCUGCUUCAAAAAUGAGCAUGCGGAAUCGGAACUGGCUUUUACGGCCUCAAUCCUAAACACCAAACUACACCGUCAAUGGGAUUGCUCCUCCGUCGAAAUUGAACAUGACGGUAACAUGUGGGUGGAUUGGACACUGAAGUAUGAAGCGUCUACGCACAAGCUUCCAGCUCCUCUGAAGAAGCGAUACUUUCCCGUUCUACAGGCUACCGCAUCCAUCCGCGAUAAACGAGAAUUCGUCACCAUUCAAAUUUGUGUCGAUGGACCUGCUGAAAGCGACAAGACUGGAGAGGCUACUCCCAGUGACGCCACUAAAGCAGUUUAUACAAGCAUCGAAAGAGUUGUUGAACAAGAAAAGGGUAUCGAGUGGAUAAUGGGCACGGUGUCGGAUGCUCGUGGCGGGCUGCCGAGCUGGCUGCAAAAGCUCAGCGUACCAGGUGCUGUCGCCAAGGAUGUAGGCAUGUUUAUGGAAUGGAUUCCGUCUCAGAGAAAAUAGGUAGGCGAAAAUUGGUGUUGCGGUCGAAAGCCUUGCGGGUGGCGUUGAGUUGCGAGUGAUCCGAAGCGGAAGGACCAUCUGCCAGCUGGCAUGCGCAGUGGCAAGCUUUAUUUCGCUUCUCGCGACAGUUUUUCUUUACUCUUAUUCUCACCAAACACUAGUUACUUUAAUGUUAAUAUCCACGAAUGCGCUUUGUUU